AUGAAAGAAUGGGAUGUUGUCUUUAACAAACCAAGAGCAACAAUAGUGUCUGAACAAGAAUGUAGACAGAAACUUAAGAAAAUAAAAGUCGUACAAGUUGGCAUGAAGAUGUUAGAUGCUUGGGAUAUCUUAUUGUCAAAGUUAGAAGAUUUUUCAGUUCGAGGUAUAAAGUUCUAUACACCUUCUCCAAACUUCUAUUCUAUCUUCACUGGAUAUAAAUAUGAACAAGUAGAAUGGAAAGAAAAUAUUAUAGAAGCUUGGUUAGACCAUGUCAAAGAAAUUAUAUGCAAUGGAAACGAAAGAGUCUAUGAGUAUAUCUUAUGUUGGUUUGCAAACAUCUUACAACAUCCAAGUGCUAAAAAUGAAACUGCUCUCAUUAUAAUUGGAAAACAAGGAACUGGUAAGAACACAUUCUUUACAGAUAUUUUGUGCAAACUGUUAGAGGGCUAUUCGAACCCGAAUAUGACAAACUUAGAAAACAUCUGUGGCAAGUUUAACUCCUCAAUAGAGAAUAUGAAACUUAUAGUUUGCAAUGAACUUCAAAGUAUAGAUACAACAAAAGUUUUGAACUCAGAUGCUUUGAAGAGUCUUAUAACAGACAAAGUUGGAGUUGUUGAAAGAAAGUAUAAAGACCAAAGAGUUUGUGAAAAUGUUGCAAACUUCAUUAUGGUUUCAAACAAUGCUGUUCCGAUGAAGUUAGAAAGUUCUGACAGAAGAUAUGUAGUUGUCAGAACGUCAGAUUCUCAUAUGCAAGAUACAGAAUAUUUUGACGACUUAGCAGAAACUUUGACAUCUGACUUUUACAACCACUUGUUCUCAUAUUUCAUGACAUUAGAUAUUUCUAAGUUCAAUCCAAGACAAAUUCCACAUACCGAAGAGAGACAAACAUUGUUAGAAGCAAACAAGAGUGUAUAUGAACUGUUCAUAGAUGAAACUGACUUUGAGUGUUUAGAUGA